GUCUCCCCCAUAAUUGCUAUAACAUACAAAUUAAAAGCUUCGUACGUCACCACCAAAGGAUAUAUCCUCUUCUUAAAUUCCAACCCUCCACCCAAGCGAAAAAGAAAAACAAAAACCAAACACACUCCCAUUUUAACCCCUCCAUUCCAUUUCCACUACUUCCAUUCCAUUAACCAAAAAAAAAAAAAAAAAAAAAAAACCAAAGUCAAGCUAUAGCUAUGGCUGAAGAAUGUACGGAGAGUUCUGUUGCUACUUCUUCCUCUGCACCACCAAACUGGUGGGAUCUUCAUCAGCCUUCUUCAUGGAGCAACGCCAAUAUUCAUAAUAAUCCAUGGCACCAACCAAACCCUAAUUCCAACUCUUCUUGUGAUGAGGAUGUUUCUAUCUCUACUUCCUUUACUAAUGCCUCCAACCACUCCGGUCUCACCGUCGAGUCAUCCCGUCGGCUUGUUGAGCCGGCCGCAUCGUCUAGUGACGAGUUGAUUGGUGGUGAACAAGGUGCUGAUAAUCAUAUUUGGAGCCAUGUUUUGCUAAGUGUUGGAAGCAAUGGAGAUUUGCAAAACCAUCAAGAUGUUGGAGAGAAUUUCCUUGAUGGUCUAUCAUCAACAAAAAGCAUGCAAACCGGUAUGUUCGAACCGGCUUGUGAUUAUUUGAAGAAACUGGAUCAUAGUACAUGGGAAUUCAACAACCCUACAUCUUUCAACAAUUUUGAUAAGCAAAUGAAUGGUUUCAACGAGACCAUGAUCGAGAACAACGAAAGGUUAACGAAGCUGUCAAAUCUUGUCAGCACCUGGUCCAUUGCACCUCCUGAACAGGAGGUUCGUCGCCAAUUCAAUCCUCAAACAUGCAACAACAAUAUAUCUUUGAGUUCUUCCAUGGAUCAAUACCAACAAUCCAAUAAUCUUUGCCAUUUGAAACAAACUUUCAACGAUAAUUCAACGUCUUGCGAAAUUGGAGUGAAUAGAAACAACUCAAGUUUGUUUCCAUGUUAUAGUCAUGCUCUUAAAGUAGAGACCGGACAUGAUCAAGAGACUGCAACACCGGGAACGUUGCUUCGGAGAUCGUUUAAUGGGAAUGGUAAUAUUGGAUAUCAAAUUGGUCUCAACGGUCCUGCCGUUGAAGAUAAUGGCAAAUACUAUUAUGGCAUGCCUGAUUCUUAUUCUUCAUGUCAAAGUGCAAGAAAUUUCGCUGAUGUUAUAUCUUUUACUAGUCGCUUAGGCAAGCCAUUGAUUGAUAUUCAUGCACCAGCUAAACCUUGUUUUAAGUCUCUGAAUUUAUCAGAUUCCAAGAAACAAGGCAUUCAGACUACUUCUCCACCGACAAGAAUGAGUGGAAGAGGACAGGGAAUUACAAGUGAAGGAAAGAAAAAAAGAUCCGAAGAUAAUUCAGAGACAAGCCUGAAAAGACCAAAGCAAGAAAAUUCUAGCGUUCCGUCUGUUAAGAUGCAGGCACCAAAAGUCAAGCUUGGAGACAGAAUCACGGCCCUUCAGCAAAUCGUGUCCCCCUUUGGAAAGACCGAUACGGCUUCGGUACUGUUAGAAGCAAUUCAAUACAUAAAGUUUCUACAAGAGCAAGUGCAGUUAUUGAGUAAUCCUUACAUGAAAUCUAAUUCCCACAAGGACCCAUGGGGAAGCUUGGAUAGAAAAGAAAAGGGAGAUAUAAAGCUUGACCUGAGGAGUAGAGGUCUUUGUUUAGUUCCAAUAUCAUGUACACCUCAAGUUUACCGUGAGAAUACUGGUUCAGACUAUUGGACGCCAACAUAUAGAGGGUGUUUGUAUAGAUAAAUUAUUGUUAGGUCUAUUGUCUUUAAACUAUAUUACAGAUAGUUAUAUUUAUAUUUUCUUAGUAGCCAAUCAAAAAACUUUCUAGAAUAAGUGUCUAAGUGAUAUGAGAUUAAUUAGUCUACAACAAAAAACCUUCAAUUGUAAAUAAAUUUGCAAAUGCUAUAUUGAUAAGUAAGCUAGCUAUCAAUUUGCCUUUGCAUAACGGCUCAUGUUUGCCUCAGAGAAUAAUAUUGUUCUACAUAAUA